GACAAUUUAUUAUUAAUGGCUCAGUUGUUGAAUAUUUCAUUUAAGAAGAACGACCUUUACUCCUCUUGGGGUUUUCAAGUAUGUGGCGGAAGAGACAGUUGGCGACCACUGACCGUGAGAAAUGUACAAAAUGGCACUUUAGCGUACAACUAUUUAAAUGUCGGUGAUCGUGUCUUAGAGAUCGAUGGCAUAGACUGUUAUUCGUUAACCGAGUCUCAGGCAGUUAGUUUCCUCCGAAGGCCGAGUAAUUCGAUUGAACUUUUGAUACUAAAACGACGCGGUGAAAACGUCGUACCACCUAAAAGGUCAUCCAGUUGUAAAGCUUUACAACAUUUUGUCUUUUCAAAACAUCAUAGUACAUCAGAACCUGGUUCUCCUCGACACCAAAUUAUUAAUAAUAAUGUAGAAAUCUCUACUAAUUCAGAAAACCAAUUGCGUGAACUUGAAGAUUCGGAAGAAUGCCUAAAACGAUGUUUUGAAGAACCUAACAAAGAAUUUAUCCUGUCGCCAAUAAAGAAUGAUAAUGAAGUAUUACAGUUUUCCAAUUUCAAACCUCGAAGGAAUUCAUUACAAAGAGACGGUGAACCCGUGUGUCUCAGAAGUCGUUCGAGUUCACCGCAAUUCUGGAAAACGAAUGUGGAAACAUCGGUCACUGGACCAUCUAGUGAUUGUAAGAGUUUUUGGAAAAAAUUAGAAAAAUGCUCAAUGGAAGACUUAAGUGCUCUCCGCACUCCAAGUCCAGUAAGACCAGCAAGUGUGGCAUUCUAUCCCAAAACACCCGAACCUAUUGUUCAGUCAAAAGCUGAAAUAGUUUCGCCAAGGAAAAAGGUGACUUUCAGUAAUGUAUUGUUGGAGAGAAAUUAUUUGCAAAUGGAUUUACCAGAUUUAUCUCCUGGGUCGAGAGUCGAAGAAGAAUUCAAUAAAAUAUACAACAGUUCCCGUCAGGAAGAUCAGCAUCAAAUAGGAGCGAACGACUUAGCCGCUGGAGAUAUGUCCGCACCACCCCCUCCGGCGCCGCCACCACUGCAAUAUUCUGGAGGUACAACUCAAGGUGGUCCACCCCCACCACCACCUCCACCGAUGUUGCACAGUGGACACAUUCCAGCUAUUAGAAUAAAAACUGAGCUGAAUGAACCUAGAGAAAUACCAUCAACUAUACAAAAUGCAAUGGCUACCAAAGACAAAAAACCAUUUACGUAUCUUCCAGGUGGAUUAGACUUGAGCGAGAUCAGAAGUCCUCGAAUGCAAAGGCGAUUAGAAAGAAAUGCCCAGACUCCACCUAGCCCGGAACAAGUACCUCAAAAAUCUCCUGACUAUCAGCAACAACAAGAGGCGAAACCAAACUUUGAACAAAAACCAGUGUGUAACGUGCGCUCUGCUUCGGAAAGAGUAUGUCUGUUACCCCAAGUUCAGCAUCAACCACAGCUAAAUAAGUCGCCUACUCCUUGGAUGCAAAAGGCUGCGCAAAUUCAACCCUCCCCUGCUCCGUGGACCCAAAACAAAAAAGAAUAUGUUGAUCAGGUUGAUAAAUCACAGGAACGAGUUGUACCCAUGCGAGUUGAAGUUAAUAGACAAAUACCAACACAACCACUGAAGAAUAAUAUAAACCACUCGUACGAUUCUGAACCGAUACAAGGACGUUCGUUUAAAGUGCUUCAACAAAUUACCGAGCCAAAAGCAGGCGUACUAUAUGAUGGUACUCAGCCCUAUAAUAGCCAAUCAUUACCCUUGUCUGAACUCAGAAAGUUGCAGUUAAGUGAUGACGACCGAUCUUUCAUGAACAAGGUUAAAUCUCAAGUUGACGAUGAUAAAUUUUUACACAACGAAACGGACCCUCGUUACAAAGGUGCGUCGAUUCCGUCUAGAAGCUUUCGAAUGUUGCAAACAUUAACGAACUCUGCACCUGUUCCGGUGGACAACAACUACAAACAAUCUGUACCGAUAAACCAUUAUGUAUCAGUAGAACCUGUAGAAUCCAAAAUGUAUGUACCACCGUCAGAGAGACCUGUCGUCUCGGAACCGCAUAAGUAUACCGGUGGCUCUAUACCAUCCAGAUCAUUCAGAAUGUUACAAGCUAUGACUGGCCAGAAUAACGAAGAAGAAGAACAAGAACAACAACAACAAAAUGACUUACAAAACCUGCAAUCGCAUACCCCUUAUCCUUUUCUCUGUCCCGAAUUUUGGCAACAUUACAAUUAUCUAAAGGAAUUUCACGACUGGCACUGCACCGGUUCUACGUCUGUGACCGAUCAGCAACAAUACCACCACCACCAACAACAACAACAACAACAGCAAUAUCAUCAACAACAAUUCACAGUACAGCAAUCGGUGCACACCAGCGUCGCGUCGGCGGCAGACACCAUCACCGCAACGUAUGCCGGUCACGUGUUGAACACCAUAGCCGAAGAAGAAGCCGUCGACGAAGAGAACGUCUGCUCACCGUACGGCGACGAUACAGACUCAAGCGAGUGCGAAGUGACGGUGACGGUGACGGUGACGUUGCCGCCGAAGAAAGCUGUCUCCGAGACGUUGGCGGGUGGAGCAGUAAAGGAACAGUCGACGGCUAGUUCACCGGUGGACUUUUGGCAGCAAAUCAACGACGGUGCAGGCGAACCGGCCAUAUCGGCCGUGUCAGCCGUAUCUACAUCGGACAGCGAAGACGAGUGUUCGGACGAUGAGGAGCCGUCGGCCGAUGUCUGUGAGCCGGAAAACCUGCUGCAGAAGUCGUCGGGCGUCAUUUGUGAGCCGGAGAAUCUGCUGCAGAAGCAAUCGGGCGCUGCUUGUCCACCGAACGACGAAGCGGUAGGCGACUGCGGCCAGCCAUCGGAUCGUGAAGACGACGACGCCGAUUCGGGCAUUACGACGACGUCGUCGGCCGACAUGGUCAGCCGACCAUCUUCCGACAAAGGCGUGGUCGGUAGCGGCAGAAGCGGAGGCGUCGCCGUCGGCUCAAAGAAAUACCAAAGAACGUGCACGCACUCGCGACUCUUCGACUUCUUGCAGCGCGAUGAUGACGACGACGCCGACGACGACGACGGCGCAGACUCCAGCAACGGCGCGGACUCCAGCAACGGCACGGACGUGAGAAACAAACCGCCGCAGUCGUGCACUUCCGGUUAUUCGUCGGCGGCCACCACGCCGUCCACGCCGUCCGCGGUCGGCAGGAGUCGGACUUACGAAUCGGACUUGGCCCGGACGGAAUACGACAGUUACUACAAGAGCUGGGAGUACGCUUGCCCGUACUUCGGAUACGACAUACUGCCGUCGAAGGCGUUCAAGACCAUCGCGACGCGGCUGCAGGGCGGCGGCGGUGCCGUGGCGGACUGCAAGUCCCCGACGACCAUGGGCACCACCACCAGGUUCAAGUGUCCCAAAAUUCCUACCUCGGAAGACGGAUGUUAAACGCGUCUGUUCCCCGUCGCCAUCCCCCUGCCCACGCACUUUUCGUUUCUCUCGUUUGGGGUUUUUUUUUUACGAUUUUAUAAGGUAAUUUAGGUGAAUCUGACUUCUGAUUCGGAAUGAUGGUAACUACAAUCAAACUGCUUUUACAUUAAAUGAUUUAUAUUUGUAUGGUUUACACCUUUUUGCUAUAUUCAUAUAUGUAUAAAUAAUUUUAACUAUUUAGUAUUGUAGGUAAACUGAAGUUUCAUUAACACAUAAUUCUAGCUUAAUAUAUAUUUAUGUUGUCUAUAUUAUAAAAAAAUUAAUUGUAAUAAAAACGGAUGAGUUUGAAACCAUGAAUAAAAAUCGUCUUCACAGUUGUA